CUGCAGCAAUUGAGACUUCGGAACAUCAAACAGCAGCAGUGGCCCAAUUCCCAGGUGGAGGUAUUCCCGUUCUUCAGCAUUCUGUCCACCCAUCAUUAUUUCAAUCACAACAAUCUUUAGAACAUCAAAAAUUGUUUUCUUCUUUACCAAGUAGCAGCGGAAGCAGUUCUUCCUCUUCUUUUACUUCUCAUUUUUUAACUCCACAACAACAACAGCAACACUUUAUUGAACAACAACAACAAUUUAACAUCGGAGGUGGUGGGCAACCGUUGUAUCAGCACCAACAUCCUUUACAAGGCCCGGCUCAGUCGUUGGCCUCCCAUCCGCAUCCACUGAAGGGCGGAGGCUCAGCCCAUCAGGCGGCGGCAGCUGCCGCUGCUUUACAGCAGCCAAACAAGCGUAGAAUGGGACGAAAGAAAAUUCAAAUUACACGGAUUGCGGAUGAGCGGAAUAGACAGGUAGAAGGAAGAGGGGAAGGGAGAGGGAGGGGAAGGAAAAAAAAUAAAUUUGGAAAUUUUUUAAAGGUAACUUUCACAAAACGAAAGUUUGGAUUAAUGAAGAAAGCUUAUGAAUUGUCUGUUCUUUGUGAUUGUGAAAUUGCAUUAAUUAUAUUUAAUUCUUCUAAUCGACUUUUCCAAUAUGCCAGUACAGAUAUGGAUAAAGUUUUGUUAAGGUAUACAGAAUAUAAUGAGCCACACGAAAGUCGCACAAAUAACGAUAUAAUGGAAACACUUCAACGAAAAGAAUGUAAACAGGGAGCGGGUGUUGAUUCUGAUGACGAUUUUUCUCCUCCACCAACCCCAACAGGAUUAAUUAAUUCAAAUGCUGAUUUAGCAGCUACCGUUGCUUUAGCUGCUGCUCAUCAUCAUCAUAAUGGGGGUGGAGGUAAUUCUGUAUUAGCUCAACAAAUGGCAAUGUUAGGCCAACAACAAAAUAAUGGGGGAAAUGGUAAUGGAGGAGGGGGAUUUGCUGCUGCUAAUGCUUUAGCGGCAGCUGCUCAAUAUGCAAAUGGAGGGGGGAGUGGAGGCGAUCCAUCACCAACAGGAGUGCCACCCCCACCCUAUUCAGACUUUAAUGGUGUUCAAAACAUUGCACAACACAUUUUUGGACAAAACAAUGUUUUUCUAGGAGCAUCUGUUGCAAGACAACAACAACAACAACAAAUACAACAGCAACAACAACCACCAAGAAUUGUACAUCAGCUUUUCGCCUCAACUUCUGCUUCCUCUUCCUCUGGUUCCUCUUCCGGUGCAUUGGUACCCAAUACGUGUGCAUAUUCACCUAAUUCAUCGACAACGACUGCUCCCGUUCUUGGACAUUCUUUAACCGCCGGAACUGUCGACCCAUUAAUUCAUCAACAGCAACAACAAUUAAUAAGUAGAGAUAGUAGUCCACAAUACCAACAAUUACAUAGCAGUGGACAUCAACGGCCAGCUUCAACGCCUUACGGGUUGUUACCUCCUUCGUCAUUGCCACCUCAAUCAUUAACACCACAACCUCAAAUGAUGAUGAGUGGAGGAGGAGGAGGGCAUCACGGUUCUAUGGAACAAUGGCUAUAUGAACACCACCAACUUGGCAACAAAUACCCUCAACAACAGCAACAUAUGCUCAAAUCAGAACCUUCUUCACACGAACAACAACGUGACACACAACAUAUAAAAACAGAACCACCGCCUGAAAAACGGUUACGGUUAGAUCACCACCAACAAGGACAACUAAAUAACUGGAAGUCUGCAGAAAUGCAACAACAAACAGAGCCCUCUAUACUAUAA